AAAAAAGAACACAGCCAAUAUAACCAAUAUAACCCAAUAAAAGUAUUUGAACAAAACUUUAUUAUUUUCUCUUCUACUAUGUUUCUAGCUGAUACAGGCAAAUAUCAAUUGAUUGAAAAGCCGCAGCCCGCAGCUGAACAAACAAAAUAGGUCUUCAGACCAGACCUGAGGCCGCCGCAGCAUACCUACCUGAAUAAUAAUAGUGCCUCUAUAGAACACACAAAAAAUGGCUUGUUGGUGGAAAGAUAAAAAUGAAACUCUGAUAGAAAUUCCGAGUACUGAAGACUUUACAAAUGUAACAUAUUAUAACAUUGUCAUUCAUGUUGCUGAAAUUAACUGGAAAGUCAAACGAAGAUACAGUGAGUUUUAUCAUUUGCAUAACAAACUUGUAUCUGACCAUGGAGUGUCAAAAUGUAUUCUUCCUCCAAAAAAAGUACUUGGAAAUAAAUCAAACGAAUUUAUCGAAACAAGACGCAAAGGAUUGCAAGAUUAUUUACAAGCAGUUCUAGUAUUUUUGAAAAGAACUAUGCCUAGAGUGUUUGUUGAGUUCUUAGAUUUUCACAUCUACGAUAUUUACUUUUUGUUGCAAAAAUUGUCUUCGAAAUGUUUCACUGAAGCUGAUCUUAUAUUGUCCACAAUGAAAGCCUAUAGUCUAACAACAUUACAGUUACAUGCAAUCAGUGAGUUUCUGAGAAGUCCUAUUCCAGAUGCUGAAAAUACAGAAAAAGGACUAGAUUUAGGACCAAUCUUUGAUAUGUGUUCUCAGCUAAAUAAUCUGACAAUAACUGGUAGCUCUAUUGAAUAUUGUGAAAGUAAUAUUAUACCUAAUAAGCUUCCAUUUGAAAUGUCGUCCCUGAAGAUUAACACAAGUUUGUAUUUGAAAAAUGUGGCGCUUGACAUGAUUUAUUCAUUAGGAAAUCUAAGGAAUACUCUCAGUAAAUUAAAAGUUGGUUAUACUGCUGCUAGAAAUGUUAGUGACAUUUUACAAUGUGAUAUUAUACAUAAAAACACUUUGGAGGGAUGUCAUAAAUGGAUAGCUUUGGAAACUUUAGAUCUGAGUAAUAAUAAUUUAGUGGAAAUAGACAACGCCAUAGCAUUAGCAGAAAAUUUAAAAUACCUUAUACUCGAUGACAACAAAAUAUCAACAAUCUCGAAUCUUACUCAUUUAACAAAACUCAAACAACUCAGCAUGACGAAGAAUUUACUUACAAUAUGCGAUCAGUUGCAAACAAAAAUGGGCAACGUACAAACUUUAAAUUUGUCUCAAAAUAAUAUUGUUAGUACAAAAGGAUUUCAUAAAUUAUAUUCUCUACAAAACUUGGACUUGAGUUGCAACAAAAUCACUGAAGUUGAAGAACUGCGGUAUUUGGGAAAGCUACCUUGUUUAGAAAAUUUGAGGUUAACUGGUAAUAAUGUUUCAACAACAGUUGAUUACAGAGUUAGGGUGCUGGAAUUAUUUGGAGAAAGGGCUAAGGAUAUUUGUUUGGAUAAUGAAAAACCUACUCAAUCAGAGCUGGACAAAGUAUCGAUUUUGGAAGCUAUAACAAUUGUAAAGGAAGGCAAAUAUCCUAAUUUGACUUUGUGAGAUAACAGAAAAUUUAUAUAAUUUAUCAUGAUGAACGCUAAAUGCCUAAUAGACCAUCAGCUAAUGACAGAUUUUGCCGACCGAUUUUCUCUCUUCGGGGAUUUCAACCACUGAAAAUUAUGUCAGUGCUGAUCACAAAAAAUGGAAAUUUAGCGACUGGACGUCUGCUAGGCAUAUGGAAAAUUUAUUUUCCUUUUGCAGAGCAAAAUAGGUCAUUUUUUCAAUUUCUCUUUCACGGCAUUUUAACACAUUAGCAUUAAAAAAUAAUCUAAUAAUGAAAAACCAAAGCCAUAAGGUUUACACGUACUGAAAUGAUUGAAAUAAGGGCGCGAUCUUGUGGAAGAAUAUUCGGUUGCUGAUCGUUUUCCCACUUAUGGGAAUCGACAGGAUCAAAUUUGAUACCUAUCGUUAGAAACCAGAAAAAAAAUUACCAUAAGCCGGUAAGCUGUUUAGGUAUAUUUUCCGGCCGUUGCAAAAGGAAAGGAGAUUUUCCAUAUACCUAGCAGACGUCCGGUUGCUUAAUUUUCAUUUUUUACGCUCAGCACUGACAUAAUUUUCAGUGGUUGAAAUCCCCGAAGCGAGAAAAUCGGUCAGCAAAAUCUCAUUAGCUGACGGUCCAUAAUAUUUUUUAAUAAAUGGGUUUGUAAGAGAUGGUGUGUGUGUGAGAGAGAGAGUGAUAUAUUUGUACUGUUAUGUUUUCUCUUUUUAUUGUAUUUUAUUCUACUUUUAUUAUUAUUUUUUUAAUUCUUAAACAUUAUAUUAUAUUUUUCACAGAGUGUCUUAUACGUUUUACCCAGGUGAUAACGUUGGAAGGCGUCAUCCUUACGAAUAAAUUUCAUGGAUCUUUUUGUGUUGUUUCUUAAUGUUUUAUUCGCGUCUUCAACUUUUGCUUCAGUUUUGCUCUCGAACUAAAAAUGUCCA